AUGUCUGAAGAUCCCAUAUCCUUCAACCAAAUGGUAGCAGGAAUCACGGAAUUCAUCGAGGUCGCCAUCCAUACGAUUCUCUACGUGCGACAAAUAUACCCAGCAGAACUCUUCGUCCGUCGCAAGAAGUAUGAAACUCCCGUCUUUCAGUCGCGGCAUCCUGCUCUGAAUGACUAUAUCUCUGGCGCUGCAAAAGCUGUAGGAGAUGAACUUGCCCACGGGACUGUCGACAAAGUCGUUGUCGUCAUCAAGGAUAAGGAAGAGGUUGCAUUGGAACGAUUUAUAUUUUCCGUCGAAAAUAUGGUGGAAGUGGAGUCGUUUAAUAAGAACGUCAGUGUGGAGGGUGCCAUGACUUCAACAUCCCUCAUUCAAUAUUUUCGCUCUUUCCUUGUCAAACUCAGUAUGAUCGAAGCGCAGAUAGGGCAGAUGUACCUUGGAGACAAUGUAUCGUUUGCCGUCGUUCUCGAAUUGAAGGAUGGUGAAGCGCCGUCAGUCUCGCAAACGAAAGUCAGUGACGUUGAGUAA